UAGCGUGUAAAGCACAGAAGCGACGUCUUGUGUUGUCAACUUGGCUGUCGACAAUCAAACAAAACACUUAAGGAUUUAUUUAAAAUGAACUGUAGAUUGCAUUGACUCUAAUCAUUGACAAUUCAUCUCUCACCGAAAGUGUAUUAAAUAUCCGAAGAAGACGGGAAAGCUGAAGAAAAUGCAUAUGCAAUAGAAAAUAUUCUGAUUGUUGUACAUGGGAAGUUGAUUUCAUCAGCAGCACUAAGCAUCCACUCAUCAUGUGUCCCCGGAGAGCCAACUUCGACAUGCAUUUGACAGUCAACUGCAAUAUCAGCCUGGUUUAUUUGCUUAUAGCUUUAGGAGCAUAUAUAGUGUAUAAAUACUAUUGGGAUUAUGUACCUGGUUUUUGGUAAUUUUUUGUCUAUUACUUUUAUGUCUUAUGUAGCUAAAGUUACAUAACAAGAGUCAAUAUGUGUACAUACAAGUUUUAUAUGUAUAUGGCUGUAGAAACUGGUCUUGUCAAAUGUUGGUAAUGUUGGUGUCUAAAGUGUGGCCACUUUGAAAGAGUUAAAAUGAAAUGAAAUGAUGCAUAAAAAUAGAAUACUGGAGUCAGAUUCUUUCUUGAAAUCAGAAGCCUUAGUCAAAUUGGAACAAGCAGAUGCCAUUGACAAUGAGCCUAACAAUACUGAAAGCUAUGGUAAGGGAGAAGUCAAAUGGAAUUACUCUCCUUUUAUUUCUGUCCAAGAAAAUUCCUUUGGACAGCCAGAAGUAAAUACAAUUGACACUCAUUUAAGAUGUGUGAAGUCAGAACUUGGAGAAUAUGUGUGCAGCAUUUGUGGGCUGGAAACUGGCACUGCUUCUCGUCUGAGGAGGCACUUGAAGAUCCAUGCUAAAGAGAAAACACAUCAUUCUUGUAUUCCCAAUGAUGGGACAUUGCACAAAUUUAAAAACUGUUUUUCAAAAAUUACAAAAAAGUCAUCCUUUAGGAAUCACAAAAAAAAUCAUGAUAGGAUAAAGGAAUUUAGAUAUGAGGAAUGCCCUGCAGCCUACAUUAAUCAACCACAGCUGGAAGCCCACACUAUACAACAUGCCAGUGAAAAGAUAUAUCAUGAUCAGGAAUGUGGAGAAGGAUUUGCCACAGCCACAAGGCUUAGUUACCACCAGGUUACCCAUACUGCGGAAAGGCCUUACCAGGGUGAAGUCUAUGGAGAAAAAUUGCAAGAAAAGACUGCUCUCAUAACCCAUAAGUCUGUCCAUCUUACCCGUGGGCCUUAUAUAUGUAAUAUGUGUGGAGAGAUGUUUCCCAGGAUAAAUAGUCUUACACUUCAUCAAAGAGUUCAUCAAACAGAUAGCACCUAUAGCUAUGUUCCUCAGAACUGCAAACCAAUCAAGGAAACUGUUCAGGAAAGUAGGAAGGAGUCACCUCUGUCAUUUCCCUCUACAUCUGAUAUUCUCUUUAAGGAUACAUACACACAAAAUGAAAAUAAGCCUCCAGUAAGGGAAGAAAUUCCAUUUCAGGAAGAGACACAUGAAGAGACCUUGAAUACAAGGAAUGUUACUUUACAAAACUUUCAGGAAGACAUCCCCAUUUCAAGCACAACAGAGGCCAUGGCCAGUUUUAAAGUGCAAGGAGAGAAAUAUACAUUUGCUGGGAAUGUCAUGAAUAUCCCCCAUCCUGACAUUGUACAGGAGGCAUUAGCAACUGGGACACUACUUGAGAGCCAGGGAGAAGAUGGACAAAUCUAUCUUAUUGUUCUUCCUAGAACUAUUUCAGAACAAGACUACACACAUGUUACAUUGCCUUCAAAAAUACCUUCAGUAACAGCACCUACCCUGAUAUCAGGAAUAGAGUCAGUUUCACAGCAGAAUCAAGGUCUUGAAGAGAAUUCUUGUAAUUUGCUAAUGUGGGACAAUGAAUUAAAUAUUGCAGAAGGUUCUUUAAAACCAGAUUCUGAGGAAGAGAAGUCUGACAAGAGUAAGAACAAAGAAGAAUAUGUGGAAGAGGAUUCAUCUUCAAAAGAAAAUGAAUCACAUGCCAGUAGUAAGAAGUUUGUAUCAACCAGAAUUAAACAAAUGGGAAAAUCUAAAGAGAAAAAGCUGUAUACAUAUGAGUGUAAAAACUGUGGGAAAAAAUGCAAGAAUUCCUCAAGCUUUGUUAUACAUAUGAGGACACACACAGGUGAAAGGCCAUAUUACUGUGGCUAUUGUGGCAUAGGCUUCAAACAGGUAACUCACUUAAAAAGCCAUAUACGCAUUCAUACUGGAGAGAAACCAUACAAAUGUAGCCAGUGUGAUGCUGCCUUUCACCAGAGCUCUCAAUUGCAUGCUCAUUUUAAGACUUGGCACAUUAGAAAGCAUGAGAGAAUGAGAGAGAAGGUCAAAGUCAGAGGAAGUAUUCAGAAUUUUUAUUGCAAGAUAUGUGAUAAAACAUUUGUUAAUUCAUGCUUUAAAAAGCAACAUAUGAAAACACAUACAGAUGAAAUGCAAUAUAUGUGUAACAAAUGUGAGGCCACAUUUAAAACAAAAAGUAAGUUGCACAGUCACGAGAAGUUGCACAUAAAUGAUAGUUUUAAGAUCUGUGAAUUAUGUGGACUUCAUUUCAAGGAUGUAAGUUCUCUGAAUCACCAUAGACUUGCAAUACAUGAUUUAUCCAAAGAGGAAUCAGAUAUAACUAGAUUUCUUGAUGAAAAGAAUCUGAGUAAAAGAAAUGAAACUGAGACUUCAAAUGGUGGUGAUUCCUGUGGUUCCCUUGCAAAUGUUAAUCACGCAAGUAUGAUGAGUAAAGAAUGCUGUGGAUUAGAACAUACCUAUGAUAUCAAGAAAUCCUCAAAAAAUGUUCAGACCCAUUCUUGCAAAAUAUGUCAUAAAACAUUUAAGCAGAAGGCAAAUCUCAAUACUCAUAUGAGAGUGCAUACAGAUGAAAGGCCAUUCAAGUGCGAAGAGUGUGGUAGUGCUUUUCACCAGAUAUCUCAUCUUAAAGAUCAUGUUAAGAUACAUUCAGGUGAGAAGCCCUUCAAGUGCAGUGUGUGUUUGGCUUUAUUUGUUCAGUCUUCAGCAGCAAAAACACACAUAAAAAAACAUCAUAGUGGUCAAGCCAUUGUCAUUAAGGAGGAAAGAAGUGAUUUCCUUGCCAAGGAGUCAAUUAUUUUACAAGAGAUACCAAAGAGUGAUGAUGACAACACAGUUGUGAUUAACAUUGAGAAUUCUGCCUCACUUUCUGUAGAGGUUCAGAUUGAGAGAAAUGCACUGGGAAUCUUUGAAGAAGGUGAAAAAGAUGCUGGAGUUCAGAAAAACAAUAGAAAGGAAGGUCCUGUAUAUCAGGAUAGGAAAGAGAGUAUAAAUUUGUCCCAUGAUAACACAAAGAAUACCAGCGAAAUAAAAAAAAUGGGAGUAAGUUUGACUCCGUUAUUAAGAGAGGCAACUCAUUUUUGCAUCAUAUGUCAAAAGACCUUUAGAAGAACAUCCGCACUAAAGUUUCAUGUGAAGAUGUCCCACACCCAUGGGAACAAAAGGGAUGUAGGGGGGAAUAUUUUGGUCAUGAAACCAGAAGUCAAGAACAUGUACAAAGAGAGGUGCCCAUUCCACAGCAGGUCAAGGGGCAUGAUACUGGACUGCCAGAUGGCAGCCAGAACAGCAUGCAAACCCCGCACCAUAGGUUCACCAACAGCCUUUAGCAACUCAGCAGGGAUGUCGCAAAUACCCGCUACUUUACCAGCUCUGAGCCUGGAGAUCGCCAUUAUAACUUCAUUUAGGGUAGAAGGUCAUUUACUAAGAAAUGGCCCUCGACCUCAGCAAGAUUACCGGUGUACUGUUCCUGGUGCAAUGUUCCCUAGUUCUACGAACAUUGCAAGUCCCGAUCCCCAGUCCUACUGCAGGGUCCGCCAGGUUGCCAAGAAUUGCGAAACGACCAGAGAUAGCCUCGUAUUGGAGAAUCUUCAACCGGGUGCUACAAAGAUGUGGCCGAUCUCCUUGACCACAUUAUCUGCCUCACAGUGCCAUGACCAACGCUGCGGGUCGGAACGCUGGUACCAGAACAAUGCCUUCAGCACUCAGGCAAAGGCCAACAAAUCCUUGCCAUCUGGCAAGAUAAAGUUUAUAGUCUUCCUCAGGCAUUCACUCUCAAAUGAAAAACCGGUCCAAUUAUAUGAAGGAUAUACUUUGUUCUUUGGUUUUCUGCUCGAACAUGUAUUUAACUCCUUAGAUCCAGGUGCUUCGCUGCCCUGCACUGCCAUUUUCCAAUGUCUAUAUUUGUCAUUUGAUAUGCUGUAUCCGGAUGAAAAGCUUCUUGCUGUUUCUGAUUAUGCUAUAAGUAAAGACCUCCUGAAGCCAGUUUCAUCUUGCUCUAUUAUUCUUGACAAGGAUGCAUUCGCUUCUAGAAAUAUGAGUGCCUUAUAUGAAAAGCUCAAAAGUGCAGUGAAAAGUUGCUGUGCAGCUAAGAGAGUCACAAGACAUGAAUGCCCUAGAGAGCAGAUUCCUGAGAAACGAGCAAUGGAGGUUGCUUGCCAUGAAGAUGUUGUCAGCCAAAAACAGGGAGCAGGUGAAGAUUGUGAAAAUGAAAGGAAGGUUGAUGUAAAUAAUAUAGGCAACUUUAAAGUGGGAAAUGACCCUCCUAGGAUGAGGACAGGAUUUCUCCAAGAAGACGUUAUUCUAAAGGAGGAGCUGGUCGAUGAUCCUGUUACUCUUGUGGAGGAUGGUCCAAAUGCCUCUGGAGGACACAGUGAUAUGUAUGCUGCAGAAUUUGUUGUUGUCCAAGAAAAGUCUGAGGUGGUGAAGAAUGAAGAAGCCCAGAUGUGUGAUAGAAUGGAUGUUGAUAUUAAGGCAGAAAAAGAAAGGAAAGUGAAGACAUACCAGUGUGAAAAUUGUGCAUGGGUAUGUAAUUCUCUGUCAAAUUUAAAGAAACAUAAGAUGGUGCACACUGGGGAGAGACCACAUACUUGUACUGAGUGCAAUAAGACAUUUAGACAGAUUCAUCACUUGAAGGAUCACAUACGGACACACACAGGUGAACGACCUUUUAAGUGUAAUGAGUGUGGAUCAACUUUUGCACAAAGGUCUUCAUUAAAUGUGCACAAGAAAAAGCAUACAGGCAUCAAACCCUAUGUCUGCAAGAUUUGUGACCAUGCAACAUAUGAAAAAGAGCAUUUGGUGAUCCACAUGAGAACUCAUACUGGGGAAAAACCAUAUCAGUGCGAAGAAUGUGGUCAGACAUUCUCUACAAUGACUAGGUUAAAGUUUCACAUAAUGAUACAUACAGGUGAGAGGAGAUAUACAUGUGAAGAAUGUGGCGCUCGCUUUCGAGAGAAGGCAACCCUUCAGAAACAUCGUGGUGUUCACUUAGUUAGAGGGCCAUUUCCUUGUAAAACAUGUGGCAAAGAAUUUCCAAGAUUAGCAAGUUUAUCUCUUCAUCGUAGAAUACAUGAACAGCCAGUAUAUCCACUAGCUGAAAAUAGAGUUAAUAGUCUUCCAUCCACAGAUCAAGUAACAGCAAAUGUAGACCCUGCUACAGCUUCUACACAUGUACUCAAAGAAACAGAACAAUAUGCUAAGAAGGAAGAAAUAGUGAAUAGACCUUGUACUUUUGAAAACAUUCCACAUGUAACAGAGUCAAUUGAGUUAACUACAUCACAAAGCAAGCAGGCAUAUUUUAAUGAAGUACAAGAAGAUCAACUUGUAAGUAGUGAAACUAGUCAUAAUGUUUGCACAGAACAACAGGAAAAUAUAAUUUUAGAGUCUUCACCAAUCAAUUCCUCAUUUAGUAAUAACGAAACAGUAGUGCAAGCUGAAAAUGAAUCUCAGAGUGUGAUAAGCAUUGCAGACCCUGAUCAAGUACAAAAGGCUUUGGAAAGUGGGACUGUGUGGGAAACUCACCAAGAAAAUGGGGAGGAGCUUCUGAUUGUGAUACCACCAUCCUUAACAGGAAGAGAAAUAACAUUAGUCUCUGAUGUGAAUCGCAUGCAUAACAGAGAAGCAACGUUCACACAGACAGCAGCUCCAGUUUUCCACCUAUCACAGGACCAGGCUGAAGUUGUACGGGAUUAUCCACAAGUUAUUCAUGAAGAAAUCCAUGAGAAAGUGCAGCAGAGUCAUCCGCAUAUUGUACAAGAGGAGCACAACUCUGAAGUACAGACUUACCCUAUAGUUCUUGAAGAAGAAGUACAUGAAACCAAUUCAGGACUCUUGGUAUGGGAUGAUGGCCUAGAUCCUGUUACUGAAGUAACAUAUGUAAUAGAGGAAGGGGCUCAGGAUCCAAUAAUGAUACAUCAAGAUCAAGCCCACUUUGUACAUGAAAGUAAAGUGGUUACAGAAGUUACAAGGAAGAGGAAGAAAACAAAAGAGUUUUGGCUUAUGGAAGGAGAAGAAAAGCAAGAAAAAUUGAAGGAUCAGGAUUCUGAAUCAGUGAAAUCUGUUUUAGUUAAGACAAAGAUUAAAAAGAAAAAACAAAUUGAUAAGAAAGUAAGAGUGCGUAAAGAUUAUGACUGUCAGCAGUGUGGGAAGUCCUGCAAAACCUCUUCCAACUAUAAUACUCAUAUGAGAAAACACACUGGGGAAAGGCCAUAUUUUUGUGGUAUAUGUGGUCUGGGCUUCAAACAGAUACCUCACCUCAGGGGCCAUAUCAGAACCCAUACUGGUGAGAAACCAUAUACUUGCUCCAAUUGUAAUGCAAGUUUUGCUCAGACUUCAAGAUUAAAUAUCCAUAAAAAGAAAUGCAAUAAGGAAACACCAGUUACUGCAAAGAAACCAAAACUGGAACCUGCAUGUAAGGUGAGAAACUUUUACUGUAAAAUCUGUGAUAAGACUUUUAUUGAUGAAUGCUUUAAGAGAGAUCAUAUGAAGACACAUAUGGAAUCUAGCCAAUACACCUGUGGAAUAUGUGGUAUGACUUAUAAAAGUAAAAGUAGUAUGCAGAAACACAAGCUGGUACAUUUUAAAGACAAAUGGAGUUGUCAGUUAUGUGGAGAAAGUUUCAGUAAUAAGGCAACCUUGCAUUUCCAUAAGGUAGCAGUGCACAAAUCAGAUGAAGUUAGUAAUGAUGCUACAGGAAUGGUUAUUAAUGUGAAGAUUGGAGAAGAAAAAGACUUUGUUGUUAUCAAUCCCUCCAUUAAGAAUGUUUCCAGUGACUGUGGGAUUGAUGGACAGAUUAAAACAGAAGAGAUAGAAAUUACAGAAGCAGACAAUUAUUCUGUCAAGAGAGAGAUAAUAGAGAUUACAGAUGCAGAGGAUGGUACUGUGAAAAGUGAGGUAAUGUCUGCAGGUGAUGAGGAAAGUUGUACACAGAUAUCAGAUGCUGAUAGAAGUACCAAUGAGGGCCAGGGAAUUGAAAUUACUAAACCUUUAGGUAAUACUGAUAUAAAAACUGAAAUUCAGGACUUGCUUACUGUGGAAGCACAUGACUCUGUUGGAGCAAUAAAGAAGGAAGUUCGUGCAGGAAAGUUAAAAGCCAUUUAUGAUGAGCAAGGAAGGAAGGUAUUUGUUUGCAAAGUGUGUGACAAAGCCUUUUUACAGUCAUCAAAUCUCCUUAGUCACAUGAGAAUGCAUACAGGUGAAAGGCCCUAUAAGUGUAAUUUAUGUCCAUUAGCAUUUAGACAAAUAACUCAUCUCAAAGAUCACAUGAACACACACACUGGUGUAAGAGCAUUUAAGUGUGGAGUUUGUCAGAUGACUUUCUCUCAGAGGUCAGCUGCCAGGCGCCAUAUAAAGACAGUUCAUGAUCGCAAUGCAGAUGUUGUCAAGAUUGGAAAUGUUUAUUCACUGCGAAAUACCCCAACUGAUCCUGAUAACCAAGCUCAGGAAGCAAAUGAUCCAAAUCAAAUCAGUAAGAUGAAAAAGGGGAAAACAUCUGAAAAGAUCUAUGAAACAUGUGAGAAAUGUGAAAGGAGGUAUUCAACCUCAUACAUGAAAAUCCACCUAAGGUGCCACUCAGGUGAAAGGCCUUUUAGUUGUGAUGUUUGUAAACAGUCGUUCAAACAGAAGUCACACCUUUUGUCUCAUAUGCUGCGCCACACAGGAGAAAAACCCUAUGUAUGCAAUGUAUGUAAUGCAUCUUACACGCAGUCGUAUAGGCUAAAGGAACAUAUGAAGAAAUGUAUUGAAGAAAAGAUCAGCAAUAAAAAGGGUAAUGAUGAGCAGAGUAAUAAAGCAAACAGAAAAAAAGAAAAAGGAAAGGUUAAGAUUGACAUUAAAAAUGAAUUUGUUUGCAGCUGUGGUGCUACUUUUAAGAGACAGGUUCUCUUGACUAGUCACAGGCAGAAAUGUACUUGGAACACCGAAAGUGAUCACAGCACGGAUGUAAGUGAUGAGGAAAUUCCCUACCAUGAUGACAGUGAUGAGGAAAUAGAACCAAAAAGUAGGCAGGGUGGUAACAAAGGCUGUUCCAAGAGAGCGAAAGGGAACAAGAUGAAGCAGUUCACGUGCAGUAAAUGUGGUAGGUUAUUUGAGGAUUUCCUUUUGUACAAAGAUCAUUUAAAAGAGCAUAGCAGCAGCCUGACAGAGGUUUGUGAAGAAUGUGGAAUAGUUUUCAGAAGGGCUUCAGCUUUAGCAUUCCAUCAGAAGAUGAAUCACAAUAAGUCAAAUGAUGAAUGGUCAUAUGGAUAUAGUGAAGAGAAAGAAGUUCAUGUUAAAAGAGAAGUCAUUAGCAGUGAUGAAGAAGAGUUUGAGGAAAUUGGGCUUGUUGAAAAAGUGAAUAUAAAGACAGAAGUUACAAAAGCAUCAAAAACAGAAUGCAGAGGAGACAGUCACCAUGAAAAAAAAUCAGAAUUAAAUUUGGGAAAAGGAAGGCCAAGAUCUGGUACAAAGGAAGAGAAAAUUGUUCAAAGUGGUAAUACAUAUACAAAAGAAAAAAACUGUUUAAGUACAAAUCCGACUGUAGAACAGAAGGAAAAGAAAACGAUCAGCAGAACUAAAAAGCUCUUAAAAGAACAUGUUUGCAGACUGUGUAAUGAAAUGUUUAAAAGUCAGAUAGACCUGAGUAGCCAUACUAAGAUUUGUAAAUUGACAAGAAGUUCUGUGAAAGUCAAAAGAAAAAAGAAUGCAGCUGAAAGUGCUUCUUGCAAUAAAACUGUUAGUGAAGUUGAGUGUGAAAAUAAUGCAAAGACAACAGAAAUGCAGUAUCCUUGUAAACUGUGUGGUCAGACUUUCACUAGGUCAUCAAAGCUGAAACAUCAUUUGAACAUGUGGUGCAAAGGUAUGAAAAAGGAGUCUAAAACUUGAUAAAGUAUACAGUUCAGGUAUAUCUUAUAGUAUGGAGUUAUUAUUGCAUGUGCAUUUAAGGUGGCUGGUUAAUUUUUGUGGUUUUAUUUAUUCUGUUUAUUUUUAAAGAAAACAGAACUUCAUUAGAUAUAGCUAAAUGAUGUAACAGUAAAUGUCAUUUUCCUCCAAAGUAAAGAACGUGUUGAAUAUUCUAGUCAUGUCACCAUGCAGUGGUUGUUUCUGUAGUGAAUACAUAUUUUUGGUAAAGCUGGUAUCAGUUUUAUAUUGAUUUAUUAUAAAAUAAGAAAGCAUUAACAUUUUAUGAUAGAUUUUGUAUAUUAUAAAACUAAUUUCCAUAUUUAAGAAAUUUGAAAUAUGUCUAAGUGAUAUGGUAAAAGUUGUCUGUUAUGAUAAUUUUUUAUUGCGUGAUAAGGCUGCUUUUAUACAUUUAUGGAAGUUGAUUAAAAAAGAAAAAAAAUAAAUCUUUU